AUGGAUCAGAGAGAGAACGAUGACAAUCACAACUCUGUGAAUACUAGCAGGCACGAACCAACGAAGAUCAGAUUCGAAUACGAAGAUGAAGAAGAAAAAGACGAAAUCCUCGAAGAAACGGCCACUGAGAGCUCCAACCUCGAGGACGACUCCGCCAUGUGCGAGCCCGAGGAGUCCACCGUCGGUGGCGACAAGACUAGCGCCGACUAUUACUUCGAUUCCUACUCUCACUUCGGUACACUACAUCUCUAUUUUUUUUUACCA